AUGCGAACCAGCGGGUCUCAUUUGGCUCAUUCUAUACUUGAUGCGACCAUGCGCCAAGCCUUCGCGGGAUGCACGGAAUCCCUGAUGCUGGACGAGAUUCGGCGAUGGAUCCAGCGUAACAAAGAACGUGGAACUCCAUCGGAUUUCCAGUACAACACCGAUGAUAG